AUUUCCAUAUAAAAAGCUGUCAGCCAGUAAACAUCACCUAUCCAAGUUAGAUACACGUAUAUUCGCAACAAACGGAAUAAUGUGGAUUAAUUUAGUUUGCCUUUUAUCAAUAGGAGCAUUCUGUUCAGGAACGCCGUUAGAUGACAAAAUAGCGAUAACUUUGGAUGGUACUAUAGUAAUCAACCGUCCUGAACCUAUCAACUUAGUAUGCAAUGUAACAGGUAUCACUGAGGGACAGAUAGACUGGUUUUUUAAUGGCCACAUGAUAAGUGACCGAGAUCCAAGGUGGAAGUCACGAGUACGCAUAAACGAGUAUAUUACUAAUGUACCUGUAAGAAUGCUUGCUAGUGAAUUGACAACAAACUAUAGUAUGUUAGAAGAUCAAGGUCUUUAUGUUUGCCGCUGUUUCGCAGUGGACCAGUUUUACACCACAAGUUUGAAUAUAUCGGUUCUAGCAAAUGCAAGACUGCUAUGACGAAAAUUAAAUCAGAAGACAUGACUAGAAUACAG